AUGGCGGAAGAUGAUAUGGAGAGUCAAAUAUUACCGAUCAUAAGUGACUUUGAUGACCAGAAUAUGGAUAAGUUCGUCGAAGGAUUAGAUUCACUCGAAAAAAUCUUGACUUCAAUGCUUCCACAUAUCGAGAAUCAAAGAAACACCGUAGUCAAGAGUGGGAAGAUAGGUAAGUUCCUUAAACUUCAAGAUAAUUUCCAAUUUAACAUCACCCAACAUUUAGUGAAAUGUAAUGAUUUAAUCUAUGAGAAUAUCGAUGAUAUAAGUACAGAGUUGAUCAUUAGAUACACGAGAUCAUUACAAGGAAUCUUAUUGAUCCAUCCUAGUUCUCGAACUAUUUUCAAUUCUAAUAUCCAAAUGACUAAAGUUCUUAAAUUCAUUGAGUUAGAUAACUCCAAAUAUCCUUUUGAAAUCAAUAUUUCCUUCAUUUCCUUAUUAUUGCAUAUACUAUUAAAAGAUUUAAAAAACUUCAGAACAUUUGAAACUUGUAAUGGAUGUUCGAUUAUCAUUAAGAAGUUGAAUUUAUCAGACUUCCAACUCAAAAAUCCAUCAAAGAACAGCAAGUCUGAUCAACAAGUUUUAAACUUCAAAAUUAUAGAGUUCUUAAUUUUCUACCUAAACGAGGAAGACAAAUUCGAUUUUCCUGAUAAGAAAACUGUCAAACAAAAAUCCGAUUUCUUCAGGAAAGACUUCCCAGGCAUUGAUAAUCUAAUUGAAUCAUUGAACGACUUAAAGAAUAUAUAA